AUGGACAGUGAACAGGAAAUCACAUGGAGGAAUAGGGUCCUCUGCACCUGCGUCACCAUCUCAAUUCUCAACAGCCAGCUCAGAGCGGAGAAAAAGCGAGUUCAAGAACUACUUUCUCCCUUUUCCAUUCCUUGUUUGUUUCUUUACCAGGUUGCAACCACGGAGUUCCAUAAUCAAGAACCCGAUCAAGGCCCUUCCCUUAGAAAGACGGGAAGGGGCAAGAUUGAAAUCAAAAGAAUCGAAAACACAACUAAUAGACAAGUCACCUUCUGCAAGCGUCGUAAUGGUUUGCUUAAGAAAGCUUAUGAAUUAUCUGUUCUUUGUGAUGCUGAAAUCGCUCUCAUAGUCUUCUCUACCCGUGGCCGUCUCUACGAGUAUGCUAAUAACAGUGUUAGAGGAACAAUUGAAAGGUACAAGAAAGCCAAUGCAGACUCCUCAAACCCAGCAUCUGCUUCUGAAGUUAACACUCAGUUCUAUCAACAAGAAUCCUCCAAGCUACGCAGGCAAAUACGGGAAAUUCAAAACUUGAACAGGCAUAUUCUGGGUGAGGCACUUAGCACUUUGACCUUGAAGGAACUCAAGAACCUGGAAGGCAGAUUGGAGAAAGGAAUCAGCAAAGUUAGAUCCAAAAAGAAUGAAAUGCUGUUUGCUGAAAUUGAGUACAUGCAGAAAAGGGAGAUUGAGCUGCAAAAUGACAAUAUGUUCCUGCGUGCAAAGAUAGCUGAAAAUGAAAGAGAACAGCAGCAGCAAACGAAUAUAAUGGCUGGAGGUUCUGUGUACGGAUCUGCACCUUCGCAGCAAUAUGACAGGAACUUCUUCCCUGUAAACCUCCUGGAACCCAAUAACCACUAUUCUCGCCCAGAUCACACUGCGCUUCAACUUGUGUAAUGAGUAGGCGAUGGAGCUCAGCGUCUGCUGCUCCUGCCUAAUUUGCUGGCUACUACUUGCGUAGUUGGUCAAGCCAGAUCCAUAGCUGCUUCAUUCUGCAAUUAUUUACAGUUUAAUGUGAUAAGACUUUGAAUGUUAAUAUUAAGAUAAGAAGAUGAUAUACUAGUAUGAUGAACGUACGUACCUAGUUAAUUUCUAAAGCAAUUAUAAGGGCGUCUUGCCCACCAUAUCUUAUGCCUCUUAAUUCAAAAAUGUCUUUCU